UCUUGAACCUUUCGUGGUUCGUGACGAUUCCGAAUUAACAGGAAAGAUUCUUUAAGUUUUGAUAUAAUUGAGAUGGGGCAAGAAAAUGAACCAGCCUAGAAAAUGGGUGCCUCAAUCAUUAAAUUUCCUUUCUUCUUAUUUUGUUUUCUUUGUUUACCAUAUUUCAUCGAGAGUAGUGUCGGAAACUGUCUGAAUAAUCAAUGCAGCAAGGAGGGGCCUGGUAUCGCAUUUCCGUUCAGAUUAAAAGGCCGUCAACCUGAACGAUGUGGUUAUCCAGGUUUUGAUCUUACCUGUGAUAAUAUGAAUAGAACCAUUAUAGAGCUGCCAUUUUCCGGACGAUUCCUCGUGAAAGAUAUCAAGUAUGGUGGAACUUAUAACGAAAUACUACUACACGAUCCGGAUGACUGUCUUCCUAGACGUUUAUUGAAUCCGCUGAAUCUCUCAGGUACUCCUUUCAUUGGUAAUGAGUAUCAGAUUUAUUCAUUCUUUAGCUGCCAAACAAAUACUUCUUCGUCUUUUUACCCCGGGAGGGACAUCAGUUGCCUUAGUAACGCCACACACAGAGUAUUUGCUACAACUUCAACAAGUUCCCGUAGUUUAUGGACUAACGCAAAUUGCAGGUUAAAUUCUACUAUAACAGUUCCAGUGGACUAUAUUUCUGAUGUUUACCGCGAGUAUCCUUGGUUUCCAUAUGAAUCUGUUCUUAAAGUAACAUGGAAUUGGAAAAAACCAUGGUGCAAACAAAACUGUAAUAAGGAUUCGAGCUUUCCAACCUUCGAAGAAGGCCAUAAAUUCCCUGACGUUCCUACUGCUGGUAAAACAUUUCUCAUGGUCAUAGGCAUCAUAAUACCAACGGUAAUAGUCGCUGCUGUGUGCUACAGUGUUUCGCGCAUUAAAGGCUUUUGCUUUGGUGCUGGUAACGAAGUAACCAACUCGUUAGCCUCACAAUUAGUCACUAUCACCACCGGUCUUGAUGGCUCUGCAAUACAAUCUUUUCCCACGGUAGUUCUUGGUGAUAGCGGACGACUUCCCAACCCAGAUAGUAAUACUUGUGCAAUAUGUCUGUCAGAAUAUCAGCCAAAAGAGACAAUAAAGACUUUACCUGCAUGUAAUCAUUUAUUCCAUGCUUAUUGUAUUGAUUCCUGGGUUCAUUUGAACUCAACAUGUCCUGUCUGUCGAAUAUCUCUUAUCCCGUAAGUUUGGUUACUUACCUCUCACCUUGUCAUACUCAGAUACGAAUGAGCCUCCUCCCAAAUUACUAAUUCCCUCUUGUAAAUUAAGCAUUCAUGCAUAAAAUUAUCCAUUU